CUCGACCACCUGGGGCGUCACGAGUCGCGAGCAUGGCCCAGAUCGAUGCUGCAUCAGAUGCGCGAUGGCUCCAAUCAAUCGACGCCGUGUAUGCGCUCUUUGAAGACGACAGGUUGCGGGCGCAGUACCCGCACCUUGCUGCCAAGGUGGAGAAGGCGGUCAGGCUCACGGAGGAGGCCUAUAGAGAUGUUGGCAUCCCACAAUGCGCCCUCAGCUUCAAUGGCGGCAAAGAUUGUACCGUCAUUGUGCACAUCUUAGCAGCCGUCCUUCGCAGGCUAUCCGGCCUCUCACAACUCUCCGCAAACGGCGCCUCGUCCUCGUCCUCGUCCUCGUCCUCCUCUACGCCCUCCUCCUCCACCUCGCAGCUGCCCCCCAUACCCACAGUUUACAUCGCCUGCGAAUCACCCUUCGCCACGCUCGAAGACUUUAUCCGGGACUCGCAGCGGCGCUACAACUUGGAUCUGUACACUGUGCGCGGAGGCAUGAAGGAAGGGCUGAUAGAGUAUUUCGAGGGUGGGGGAGACCAGGGAGUGCCGGGCUCGGAGGCGAAGCAGAGGGAGACGACCUCAUCGAAGAGGGACAGACGAGAUGUCAAAGCUAUUUUCAUCGGAACGAGGAGGACAGAUCCCAACGGAGAGUCGCUCCAAGAUCGCCAAAUGACAGAUCCAUCCUGGCCCCAAGUCGAGCGGAUUCACGUCAUCCUCGACUGGGACUAUCCAGAUGUUUGGGCUUUCUUACGAUGUCCAGCCCUUGCCGCUGACUCUGGAUCGGAGGGUGUCCCGUAUUGCCAGCUGUACGACGAAGGUUACACAUCCCUCGGCAGUACCUUCAACACUUUCCCCAAUCCAAUACUGAAGAGCCGAGAGGUAGGCGAGAAGGGAGCGUACCGACCGGCAUGGCAGCUGGAGGAUGGAAGCUCAGAGAGGGCUGGUAGGGGCGACAAGCCGCGAGAAGGCAAGGAGGAGAAGAAGGAGUCGUAG